AUGAUGGAUGACGAUGCACUCAACAUGCGGAAUUGGGGUGGUUACUAUGAACCCUCAUUCAGAGGGCAUCUCAGUCUGCAGCUCACUACGAGCAUGGCAGCAGAGCGAGACACCAAGCAUUUCCUGCCCGGCCGAGAUCCAAACAACAUCAUGCUCAAUGUGAAUGCUGGUGGAGGAGGCUACCAUCAUCGCGAGUUCAUGGUUUCCGAUUCCCAUAUCCCCAUGAACUACAUGAGGGACACUUGGAUGAACCAGAGGGAUAAUAAGUUCCCAAGUUUGAUGCCUCACAACCCUAAUAAUAGUUACCCUGUUCUUCCGGAGACUUCAGCUGCUCAUUCUCUGCAAGCAUUACCCCCACCGAGAGAUGACAAGCUGUGUAGAAUGGAAGAGCCGGUUAUGCUCAAAGAACCAGAGCAGCCGACAAAGAAGAGGCAGGGAAGUGGUGCCCCAAAACCCCCCAAGGCAAAGAAACCAAGGAAGCCAAAGGACCCCAACAGUAACCCUGCUCAGCGCGCAAAGCCUGUCAAGAAGAGUAUGGAUAUGGUGAUAAAUGGGAUCGAUAUGGACAUAUCUGGGAUUCCUAUUCCGGUUUGUUCAUGCACAGGGAGUCCUCAGCAGUGCUAUAGAUGGGGGUGCGGUGGAUGGCAGUCUGCUUGUUGUACUACUAAUGUAUCAGUGUAUCCUUUGCCAAUGAGCACCAAGAGACGAGGUGCAAGGAUUGCUGGGAGGAAGAUGAGCCAGGGCGCCUUUAAGAAGGUGUUGGAGAAACUCGCUGCUGAAGGUUAUAACUUCAGCAACGCAAUUGAUUUGAAGCUUCAUUGGGCGAAGCAUGGUACCAACAAGUUUGUUACUAUUAGGUAG